AUGAAUGAUAUUAAGGUUGAGAAUAGGGAUUCAGGAGAUAUAUAUGACAAAUUCUUCAGAAUUUAUGAUCCGAAAAAAGUUUUCGCAGUUGAAUUUUUUGCAUGGCUCCUUGCUCAAGGAAUAGAAUCAGUUGACGACCAAAGCACAAAUAAUUUCUUUCUCAAAGUUGACAAACUUAGAAAUGAUGUAUGCUGGAAUCCAUAUAAAAAAGAGUUUGACGAAACUC